CGCCCUCCACCACGCGACCUUUGGAUGGUCGGUCAAGAAAAAAGCAACAAAGAAAUCACGAAAAAAAGCGAGAACGUUUUUCCUUCGAUUGGCAACAUAUUAUGACAUCAUGAUCAUUAUCAACACGGCUGCCCGGUGUCGUCGGCCGGGUGGGAACACUCGCCGGGUCACACCUGCGCAGCCCGAUCUAUUCCAAUGCUCCGUUUUUUCCGGUUCACAGUCACUUCCCGACUUUCUUCGACUUCGACCUAUUUCUAUUUCUAUCUCCUUCUCAGCCAGUCGGGUCGAGAUACGUUUCACAAUGGCUCAGUGGAAUGCGGUGACAGCAUUUCGCGCCUCAAGAGCCGAAUGCCUUUCGGUGGUGCAACCGAGGCCUUGAAAACAUUGCUGUACAUAUACAAACACACACACACACAAACGGCCACGUUUCUGGACAACCAACCCAGUCUCCAGCGGAUGGAUCAAAAGGAGAGGUGGGAGGCGAACGGAAUGGCAACCGUCGCUCCCCCGGCCCUGAUAUGGUACACAGGCGUUGUUUUCUUCUCCGCAAGGAGGUUUUCCUUACUUUUAUCUUGGAACUUUUACAAUCUUGUGGAUUUCUUGCAUGGUGUUGGGGAUUUGGGAAGGGCUAUGCACGCUUUCUGGGAAGACGAAAGGGUUCGUCCCGUAGACAUGUAUAUACAUGGGUUGGAUGGAUGGUCGGUCAGGUUCAAGACGCACAGCACGCGCUUGCGUUGGAUGGGUUCAAGAAGACGGAGGGCAUAUGGCAAAUGUCCCACUGGGUGUAUAGCACGAAACAAGCAAACUAGGUGUUCAUCACCUUCCACCUCAUGAUCUACUCCCAAGACGUGAUACAACUGUGCUAUGUAUCAAUGUGAUGCGUAUGACACUUGCGAUGAAAAGUACUAUCCACUUGAGGUGAACUCAAAGCUUUCAGCAUCUCGGCCAAGGGGACUGGGGGCUAGCUGGUUGACCGAGCCACAUGGCGAAGUAGUCAACUGAUGAUUGCCGGGAUUUGGCAAGACCUACGAAUCCCAGACGUGUUCUCGUAUUGUCUCAUAACCAUGGCAGACGAAAUGCCACGGCAGCUCAUUAUCAUAGUCGUUA